AUGAGAAAAAAUCUUCUCGAAGGAUUAUCAAAGGAUUUCGGGGAAUACCUAAAGGAAGGAGGAGGAUAUGACGUAAAAAUACACAUUGGGGAACAUCAUGAUCAGAAGACAUUCGAAGCACAUUCAAUGGUACUCGCCGCAAGAUCACCCUAUUUUCGAAGGGAAAUAAGUGACAUACCUCUGAAUUCUAGAAAGAGUGUUAUUGAAUUACGUGAAUCAGAAAUCCCACCAAAUGUUUUUGAGCUAUUGUUGAGAUAUAUUUACACUGGAAUAGUACCGCUACAUAAUCCUGAAUCGGAAGACUUUCUAGAUAUUCUUCUUGCCACGAAUGAACCAUUGCUAAGCAAUGAUCCGAGUUCGGUGGUUGAUUUUAUUCUCACCGCCGACAAAUUAGAACUCAGCGAAUUGGUAAACUAUCUUCAGAAUGUCCUCAUAGAAGAUAGAACCGAAUGGUUAUACAAGAACAUUGAUAAGGUUUAUUCGCGAAUUUCCCGUCACCAUUCAUUAAAAAUUCUCAAAGAUUUCUACAAGGACAUCAUCAGAACCAAUGUGGAGUUGAUGUUUCAGUCGGAUAAUUUUUUCAGUAUGCCAUUGAAUGAUGUGAUUCUAAUGGUAUCCAGGGAUGAUCUCUUGGUGGAUGAAGUUGAGGUCUGGAAUCAGGUGGUCAGAUGGUGUGUCUCUCAAUUCCCGGAUCUCUCAAGAAAUCCCGAACAUUGGACAUCUAAAGAGUGCGACGAUGUGAGGUCAAAGAUGGAAAAUUUUAUUGAUUUAAUUAGGUGGGCAUCUAUUUCCGGCGAUGAAUUCACCGUUCAUGUUGUACCAUAUGCAAAAAUUCUGCCAGUGAGGCUAUAUCAAGACCUUGUGAGAUAUCACGUGAAUCAAAAUGAGAGACCGAGAUCUCUCGAUUUACCAAGACGUGUAGGAAAAAUUGAGUCGGAUUUGAUAUCCUUCAAGCAUGCAAGUCUUAUUUCGCAAUGGGUCAAGGAUCAAAACGAGAAAUCCAUUUGGCAAUGGUUCGCAUCAAAAAAAGAAGUAAACGCAGAAAAAAAGACAGUACAAUAUCGUUAUAAUCUUCUUAUCCGAGGGAGUCAAAAUGGCUUUAGCAAAUCAGAUUUCCUCGAAGCAUGCCAAUAUAAAGGUCCGACCAUUACACUCGUCAGACUCGAAGGAUCAGAUUUGAUAAUCGGAGGUUACAAUCCAACCCCAUGGGCACCUUCCGAAAAACCCAACCCUCGAACACGAAAGAGUUUUAUCUUUGCAUUUGAUAAUGUUCGCGGCGAUCCAGUGGAAGUUGGAAGAGCCAGCAAGUUGGAAAAUUCUGGGACCUAUCCUAUCGUAUCUAUAACCGAUGAAGGUUUAAAAUUCGGGAAAGAUUUGUCUUUGACAUUUACCGACAUCCAUAAUGAAAUAGGUCCCAC